AUGGCAAGAAGAGGUUGCAGUGAGUUUUAUGUUCAUGAAGAUGAGAUAUUGCAGUUCCUAAUGGCCGACAACAGUGACUGCGAGGACAAUCUUCAUCUCGACGAGGAAGAGCAGCAGUUCAUAGCUGACAAUAUUGAAAAUGGCAUAGAUGAAAUCCAAGUAGAAAACUUUUUCAACUCUCCCAACACCAUAGCGCUACGAGACGUGCAACUAAUAGCGCCCUCUGCCGUCAAAUUGGGUGACACAGUGCUACUCGGCUGUAAAUGGACGCUGGAAGGCAAUGAAACGCUGUAUAGUGUCAAAUGGUACAGAGGCAGGCAGGAAUUCUUCAGCUACCUGCCUAAGGAGUAUCCGUUUACGAGGAUCUUCGCGCAGCCUGGGAUUGAUGUUGAUGUGUCCAGAUCGACAUCACAGCAGGUGGUUCUUCGGGAAGCGACUCGCGCCCUCGCCGGUCGGUAUCGCUGCGAGGUGUCGGCCGACGCGCCUUCCUUCCACACGCAAGUGCGAUCAGCAUACAUACAUGUCGUUGAACUACCACCAGAGAAGCCAUCUAUCAAAGCGGAGAAGGGCUGGUACGCAUCUGGCGAUUCUCUUCGCGCGCAAUGUUCCUCGCCCCCCGCAGAUCCUCCUGCAAAUCUAACAUGGCUGCUAAACGGACGAGACGAUGGUGAGGUGUUACCAAGUCAGGACACAGUGGUGCUCCCCACUCCGAGACACCACGACACAUCCGUAGACGAAGAUGCUACGGAUCCAAUGCCCACAGCAGAAACUUCAAAUAAGGUGGCUUCAGUGAGCCAAUUGUCGUUCAUGGUGAGGCCGGACAGCUUCGAGCGCGGGCAGCUGCGGCUUACGUGCAUCUCAAGUGUCCACUCCGUCUACAGUGAGCAGGCCGAGCUGGUUAUCAACGAGGAGCGGCCGCAGAUCGCCUCUGUGCUCGGCACCAGAGACGCUGCUUCAGGUCCGGCGGCAGUUUCAGUCUACCUCGUUGCGUUAAACUUCAUUAUUUCCAUCCACGACAUUAUACUAAGAGUUUUACGAUGAUGUCGGGCCGCGGGCGUCUAAGCUGUCGCUGGAAACAUCCAGAUUGUAAAUAAGAUUUUUUAAAUAACUGAGAUGAAUAUAAUUAAAGAACUUUUGUAGGAAGCCAUCACGUAUACGGAUAUCGUUCGUAUAUCUCUCAAAUAUAGUGUGGAUGUUAGAUCCUAAGGCAUUUUUUGUUGAUCUGUAUUUAGAGUUUAUUUUUCUGUAUUGUUAUGUUCUAUUCAUUAACAAUAAAUAAAUGUUGGACAACUAUAAAUAACAAAAAUGUUUAAAAAAGAUGUUGACUUAAAUAAAAUAUUCCUCGUGCAAAAAAUAUAAAGAUCUGUUCAUCUCAAUAAUUUAAUGGAAAUAAUUUGAAAUCUAAAUAUUCUCAUCUACGAAUAUGUGUGAAGCGCUCUAUAAAAAAAAACUCGCUGAACUAGUGACAUAACUAGAUGGCUUUUGUCGGAAGGUUAGUCAGUCACAUAAUUUUGAGUCGGAAAACUUAUACAUGUGUCAGAAGUUCGGUAUUAGCAAACGUUUGUUUAGCACUUCGUAAUUGAGACAUCAGCCCACAGAAGAGAACUUUGCCGAGAAGAUUCUUUAAAGUAAGGUUGCCGACGCCAUGUCGCCGGGCUGGGUUGACCUAUCGACUGGUUCGGUGUAUAAUGCGCUCUAUGAGAGUGAAGGAAGAGAGAGUGCACCUGUGUAUUGCGAACACACUUGUGCACUAUAUUUACUGCGGAAUUGGCUAAUCUAUUAGAUUGUCCGUCGUAGCCGAAAUUCGGUUAGGGAGAAUCAAAUCAAAUGCGCUCUAUUAGGACAAAGCCAAUGCUAUUAAUGUAUAUAUGGCAGUUUAAAAUGCUACAUCUGUCACGACUUGUUCUUACGUAUUAUUGCCCAACAUUUAUGUAGGAAUGUUAAUGAGUAUAUUUUACGCAAAAUACCUAAAUCUAUCAUUUUAUAAGUAAUAAAUGUGAUUUUUGAUUAUGUACAAUAACGUUAUUAAGUUCUCCAAGAAUUCUCAAGUAAAUAAUAAAGUUAAUCUUUAAGGUUAAUUUGUAACGAAAUUAAUUUGCUAUGUGAUACAUAUUUAGUUCCUGUGAAUCUAUGUAGCGAGAAAUAUCAUAUAUUUUAUCACUCAUGCUGCUUCAAACUGAAUCAUAUUGUCAUGUCACUAAAGCUUAAAAUGAAAAAUGUAAAAAUUUCAGAAAUUGCAGACUUAAAUAUCACAAAGUAUGAAGAAAAACAUGCUUCUUCUGUUUAAAAUGCGAUAUGUAACCGAAAUAAAUUUAUUUUUAUAAUUUUAAUGUGAUGCUACUUCAAUAAAAAUCAUAGAAAUGAUUCAAUAUAUUUUGAUAUCAAGUCGGCAAGACAAUAUGUUUUAGUUAAUACUUAUAUUAUCUGAAUACAACGAAACUUCAAUAUAUUUUAUUUUUAACUGUAUCUGUAGUUUAAUGUAGACCAGUUUCAAAGUAAGAACUUAUUCAAAGUAACUGUUUCGAUGCUGAUUGCGGAAUAAAGCUUCGGGAGUUACCCCGAAUUUUACCUUAGUUUAUUUAUUUAUAUAAAUGUAAGUGCGAACAUAACACUAUUAUUAUUAUCAGAAUAACUUACGUAUGGAACGUACCUUAUAAUCAUAAAUUAUUAUUUAUAAAAAAAUGUAUGGAAAGAAUGUUUGUUAAAAAUAUUAUUCAUUUUAAUUGAAUUUAAUAAUAUAAUUUAAUCUUUCUUAUAUUAUUAAUUGUGCCAAAAUGAACAACAAAAUUCCUUCAAGCCACUAAUUUUAUAUUCGUUUUAUUGUUUAAUUUUAUUGAAUUUUUAGAACAGCUGUUUCCUCGCGAAGUCUGCUUACCGCGAACCUGCAAACUACAUAGUAAUAACUGUAAAUAAUUAUGUAAAAUAAAUAUAUUUACAUGUCCCUAUUAUAAAAGAAUUGUGUGAUCCUUAGGAUAUAGUAGUCGAGACUUAGCCAAAAUAAUUUUUAUUGUCAUUUGUUUGUGUACGGAAAUUGUAAUUUUGCAAUUUCUGCUACGGUCGCCCAGAGGAAAUGUCAUUUUAUAUUUAUAUUUUCAUUUAGAACUUUUUUUUAUGAAGUUGCAACACUUUCGUACAAAAAAUUCCCCUAUCACGCGAUAGUCUGCUUGAGUUAAUUAAUUGUAGAGAAAUAUAUAUGUAUGAUAUUAGAUUAGUUCGCAUAAUACUCUUCAAAUUUCAAUUAUUAAAAUGCUAUAAACUACGCAUGAGAAAUCACAAUGUAUUUAAAUAAUAAUUUUGUUCAAAGCAUGUUGCGCAUAGAAAAUAAAUAUUUAAUUGAAUGUAUUGCCGCAAAUUUUCUCUGGACGACCUGUAAAGAUAUAAGUAUGUAAACUUUAGAGUAACUUAGAAACACAAAGCGAUUACAAUAUUACAAAGGAAUUAAUAGAUAAUUGUGAAAUACAACUACAUUAUACUAGUAGUAAAAGUAAUGUACUCUCAAAUAAAUCAUCUCGAUAAUGUAACACAAUCAACAUAAAUAGAUAAUUUGUUAAAUAACAUAAAUAUAUCGCACAUUAAAUAAAAAAACCGAGUUAGUUCUGACACUUGGAAAUUGGAUGAACUCAAAUUGAAAUCCAGAAUACGCUAACCUGUAACAGUGAUUGCUUCCUUAUUUUUAUACGUAUUCAUUUGUAGGUUCGUGAUAACUUAAACUCAUCUUAAUUGGUGAUAAAAUCUACUCGUAAUGUCGUUCAUUUGGUAUCCAAAAAUACUACUUUUGUAGAUUACAAAUAUUUAAUUCUAUAACGAUAAUGUGAUCAGUAUUCUUUUUUUAAGUUAUAAAAAUAAAUCCACAAUAUAAUAAUACAGUAGAUAGCAGUAAAGCUAAAAUUAUAUCGGAAAAUAAACGAACAGCUAUUAUAUUUAAAUUAAGAAUUAAAGCCGAUAUUUAAACAAUAGUAUUUGAAAAGAUAUAGUAAUUAAUUAUGUUUAGUAUUAUAUUUUAUUGUUUAAUAAUGAGGGAAUUGAUUUUUAUAAUAUAUUAUUUAUUUUUAAAUAUCCAUUUACACUUUACAAAAGUGACGAAU